AUGCUGGAGGAACAGGCAGCUUUCCUGCGUUUCUUCAAAUGGCCUGCAGAGUUCAAGGAGCUUGAUAAUAUUCAUUUUAGACUGAACUCCUACUUCACAUUUCUCUCCUCACGCAAGCAUAUUAUCACAACGUUUGAUUUGCUCAAACCGUCGGUGGAAAGCGCGAUCGGACGACCUUUGCAGCUCAUUGAUGUUGCCCGAGUUGUCUACUUGAUUCCUAAAGAUGUGUUGUUUGAGUACGUAGAUGAGAGCCAGUUUGUGCUGGAGGAAAAACAUUUCAGUUGGAGAGACGGGUUUGCCCAGAAGGAAUCUGACAUCUACGACAUAAAGACCGACGAGGAGAAGACGUCCAAACAGCUGUUGAUUUUUGAGUUUAUUGACGGAGAUCUGCGCAAAUCCAAAACGCGGUCCGCUUUCAUGACGGAAAUCAAGGUUCCCGUGUACACCCAGGAAUCGAUCAAAAAAAUGAUUAUUAAACGUAACGAGAAAUUCAAGCUUGCAGUUGGCCAAUUUCUAAAAAGGUGCGCCGAUAGCGGCAUAGCUGACCCAUGGGCUGAAAUAACCAAACAAGCAGAACAGAUCAUCCCCACACCCAAGGCGUUUGUGGACCCGAUCGAGGAGAUGGUCAAAAACUCCAGCGAGGACACAAACACAGAGCACCGCAUCUCGAUUCCGCAGCUGAUCGAGAAACUAAAACAGACUGAGUUCUAUGAAGACCAGAUUGUCGAAAAUGGUCUGCUAGAGGUGCCUCCGCGCGGCGCCACGUACGGCGAACUGACCUUCGAGCUGUCGCCUGUCGUGCGCGAGGCACUAGCUGCCACCAAAAAAAUCGAGAAAUUCUAUUCGCACCAGGCGGAAGCACUCAACCAUAUUCACGAGAACCACCAUGUUAUCAUCUCCACCUCCACAUCGUCUGGUAAGUCGCUGGUUUAUCAGCUCCCUGUUAUCACCGCUUUAGAGCAGGAUCCGAGCGUCACUGCUAUGUACAUAUUUCCUACCAAGGCACUAGCCCAAGACCAGAGAAGAUCCUUGAAAGACCUUUUAAACGUGAUCCCAUUCUUGCGGGAUAUGGUGGUUGAGACCUAUGAUGGAGACACCGAAAAACGAGCCCGAGAACAUGUAAGGUCGUCUGCGUCUGUGAUCUUCACAAACCCCGAUAUGCUGCAUCACAGCAUUCUUCCUUCACACCAGCUAUGGCGAAGAUUUUUGGUCAAUCUCAAGUACGUGGUGGUGGACGAACUGCACAUGUACAAGGGUCUCUUCGGAUGCCAUUUUGCGCUAGUGAUGCGGCGUCUGCGGAGAGUGUGCGCCAUGCUUGGUAAUUAUAACCUCGUUUUCAUUUCGUGUUCGGCCACCCUCAAGCAACCCGUGAGACACAUGCAAGACAUUUUUGGACUUCCAGGCGACGAAAUCGUCAAUAUCGACCAGGACGGGUCUCCGCAUGGAGGAAAACACAUUGUGGCCUGGAACCCGCCCUACAUCGACGCGCGCGACCCAAUGGCUGGACGCAAGCCAUUUAUCUCGGAAACUGCCAAAAUCCUGAUAGAAAUGGUGAAGUCUGGGUUCCGGACCAUUGUGUUCUGUGUCGUCCGCAAGGUAGUGGAGCUGCUCAUGAAAGAAAUCAGGUACCAGCUGACGGCUAGUGGCAACGCAGAGCUCAUUGGCCGGAUCAUGAGUUACAGAGGUGGCUACUCGCCAGCAGAUCGGCGGAAAAUUGAGGACCAGAUGUUCCGCGGAAACCUGAAGGCAAUCAUCUCAACGAACGCCUUGGAGCUGGGGAUCGAUAUUGGCUCGCUGGACGCUGUCGUGAUGUGCGGGUUCCCAAUCUCAAUAGCGAAUUUUCACCAGCAGAGCGGCCGUGCGGGACGGCGAAACAACGACUCGCUUACUCUCCUAGUGGGCGGCGGUGACCCAGUGAGCCAGUACUACAUGCGACAUCCUGAGGAGUUUGUCAACUCGAAUUAUCCCGAUCUUGCUCUGGAUUUCGAGAAUGUUGUGGUUUUAGAAGGACAUCUCCAAUGUGCCGCGUUUGAAAGACCGCUGGACGACUCCACCAUCGACAAGCGGUACUUUGGAAACCCUGCUCUGGUCAAGCAGGUGUGCGAGGCCCGCCUGGAGUACGACACAGAGUCCGGCAUGUAUCACUGCAACUCGCGGUUCAUGCCGUGGCCUUCGUCGCACGUGUCUAUCCGUGCUAUUGAAGAGGACAUGUACGCUGUCGUGGACAUCACCAAUGGUCGCAACGUGGUGAUCGAAGAGGUGGAGGCUUCCCGAACUAGCUUCACGCUUUACGACGGAGGCAUUUUUAUUCACCAGGGCUUAUCCUAUCUGGUGCGCGAAUUUAACCCGGAUGAAAAAUACGCAAAGGUCGAAAGAGUGAAUGUGGACUGGUCCACGGCCCAGAGAGACUUCACCAACGUCGACCCAUACGAGGUUGAGCGUAUUCGUUCCAUCAACCACAGCGACGUGCCAAUCUACUUUGGCAAGAUACUCUCGACAACUGUGGUUUUUGGCUUUUUCAAAAUGGAUAGAGAAAAACGGAUUCUUGAUGCAGUCGAGGUCAAUAACCCGCCCGUCUUGAUCCGCUCAAAAGGCAUCUGGAUUGACAUUCCGAAAAAAGCGCUUGAAUUGAUCCGCUCCAAAGAUUUGAACUCGGCAGGAGGAAUCCACGCAGCACAGCAUGCUCUUAUGAGCAUUCUGCCGCUAUAUAUUCUUUCCGGACUCGACGAGAUCCAGACUGAGUGCAAAGCCCCAGAAAAGGAAUUUGCAAAGCGCGAAACCAAACGAAAACGUCCUGCUCGGCUGAUUUUCUACGACAACAAGGGCGGCCAGUAUGGAUCUGGACUGAGCACAAAGGCAUUCGACAACAUUGAUUCAAUACUGGAAAAGUCUCUCGAGAAACUUUUGGAGUGCGACUGCGACUGGGGCUGUCCGAACUGCUGUGCGGCCACGUUCUGUAAGGAGAACUCGCUCGUGCUGUCGAAAUACGCCGCAAUCAUAAUUCUAUCGCUUAUCAUGGGACGCUCGCUCGACAUGGACACAAUACCCACGGGACCGGAACCAAAUAUGCCGCAGACUGACAUCGAGACGAUUGUCCCUGCAGAUCUGGGCUCCGUCAAGUUCUCGAAGGAUCUGGAGAUCAUUGACGAGGAAGACGAGGGCAUGAAUCCUGAGCCGCCGACCAACGUCAUUCAGGAGCUGCAGGAUGAAUUUAGUGACGACGACAUAGCCAGGGAAUUGUAG